AUGACGUUUGAGAAAUACACAUCUUGGGGCACAGUCUCCGUGAGUGUGACCGUGAAACGCAGCACCUGGGAUUUCUGUUCCCGCGGUAGGUGUGUGUGCCCCAUCGAUACGUCUGGCAGCCGCACACCUUCUGCGGACCUUGGGGCAGACAUCAACAUGCCUGAGAAAGAAAAAACCGGCCAUUUGUCCCGGACGCUACCUGACAGCUGCAGUCAGGCUGCUGGCCGUAUUGCGUUCCUGGGCAAACGGCCACUGUCCCAGUAUCAGCGGUGUGGAGCAGGCGGCUGGUGCCCACUGCCAGUACCACCAGAAUCGACCCUUAUGAUGUUGGGCUUCAUAACUCAUGUAUAUUACGCUGACAAAUGUACUGUAUCCUGUCAGGCAAUAGAGAAACAGCUGAAGAUCUGUGGCUUUAAGAGGAAUGUGGAUGUCUUAAUAUUGUAUCUGGCUGGACAAGGACUAAGCAGUAUCCCAAGUCUGUCGCAGUUUCGUAGAUUGAAGUAUUUGUGGAUUAGCAACAAUAAGAUCCAAGAUUUAACUUUCUUGGUGAGAAACCAUUGCUUGACUGAACUCUAUCUCAACCAUAAUGAACUGACAGAUAUAUCAGGUGCUCUGAAACACUUACGUUCGUUACAGAUUCUGUUGCUUCACAACAACCAGUUAAAAAAACUUGUUGAAACAGUGAAGGAAUUGAAAGGAAUGAUAAGCUUGCAGACCCUAAACCUAUUCCGUAACCCUCUGGCACAAGACCCAGACUACUGGCUUUACGUGAUAUACUUCCUUCCUUCAGUACAACUGCUUGACAGGAAGCGUUGUGAAUUUGGAAAUAGCACAAAUAAAGUACCAUUUGAGAACCCUGAAGAUGCCGUUUCACAACGGGCAAUGAGAAGAUCUCUGAUGGAGUUUUCCUCUGCUGACGGGAGCAAAGUACCCGCCUGUCAAGAAAGACGGCUUGAAAACAAAUUCAAGGAACACCAUGAGAAGCUGACAGUUCACUUUAGAUGA